AUGGCCGACCGCUUCGAUGCGCUAUUAGCGCAGAUGGCGCAGCAACAUGGCGGCGUGGAGCCGCUGCUAGAGUCGUUCUUCGGCUUCCUGCAUCGAAAGACUGACUUUUACGUGGUCUCCAGCGACCCCGCGAAGGCCAAAAUGGGCUUCUUGCCUGGCCAGGCGCAGCAAAAGGUGCUCGCUGCGUUCCAGAAUGCUUCUGCUGCUGCUAAGGAGAAGAUCAAACCGCAGCUGACGGAGGACGGCAAACAAGUCCCUGUAGGUAAUGGCGGGGUAGCUGAUGACUACACGUGGACACAGACGCUGGAGGACGUUUCGAUUCAGAUGGAGGUAGCGCAAGGUACACGGGCAAAGGCGCUGAACUGUCAGAUCGAGGCGACGAAGUUACGUGUUUCAUUAAAGAGUGAUCCGACGAGGCCGUUCCUGGAAGGAGAAUUCUUCGACAAGAUCCGUGCCGAUGAGAGUAUCUGGUCACUCGAGGGCAACCACACACUGAACAUCUCGUUGGAGAAAAUCAAACCGACGUGGUGGGCGAGUGCACUGAAAGGCGGACCGGAAAUUGAUACGAGCCAAGUAGAUUCUCGAAGGAAUAUUCAAGAGUACGACGAUGUUACGCAAGGAGCCAUCAGAAAAGCUGUUUUCGACCAGCGUCAGCAGCAAUUAAACGGAGUUCCACUCACUCCUGAAGAGCAGAUGCUGGAGGAAGCUAAAAGCUUACCAGGCUCGCCAUUUCUACCUUCAACACAAGAUAAAUAG